GGAAGGACAGAGGGAGAGGGGGGGGCCCUGGCAUCUCCAACACUGGCCCAAUGAAUGGGUGAGGAGGGCUCAGGAGCACAGCACCGGAGAAGCCAAAGCAGAGGGGGAAACGCAGGGUGAUAAUGUAAAAAAAACAGGAGAGGGGGUUGGAUCUGAGCCGAGAAGGGAAAAAACAGAGAAAAAGUUUUGGAGACAAGAGUAUGAGGGGGAAAAGGAAAAGGGAAGAGACUAAACAUCAGAGCUGAUAAACCCGAUGUUAAUGGAAAACUUAAGAAGAGGUUUGUGGAAGAAGAGGAGGAAGCUCCCUGUGUCUCAGGAGUCCUCCUGUUCCUCUUUUGCUUCACCCUCUUUCCCCGAGGCUGCUGGACUCCAUCCAUCACUAUGUUCUCUGACAGCGAGGCUCAUGCACCUGGAGAGCAGAAAGGCUUCAAGUCUCACACCCCUCACUUCAUCCCGUGGCUGCGCAACAGCCUGAAGGCUCACCACGGCAGCGGUGACCCGGGGCUCAACGGACCCUACAGAUCCAGCUCCGAGGGCCGCAACAGCCUGACCCCGCUGGAGAGAGCUAAAGGGAUUGGCUUUUUCUCCAUCCAGGGGAAAACGGACAGGGCCAAAAAGGGUGAACUCCGGUGCAAUGGCAUGGGGAUGCUGCCGGUGGUGCUGAGGGGACACCACAUUCUGCCCGGGAAGCACAGAGAGGACAGUCCCGCCCGCUGGAACCAGACUAAGGAGGUGGAUGCACAUCCUAAAGCACGGCUCAGCCAAGGCGACGGGCCACAAGGCCCGGGGGGAAGCACCUCCACAGCUCAGGACAAAGUAGUCCUUGUAAAGAAGCAGAGCAGCCACCUGAGUCCGCUCCAGUCGCAGGGGGACAGGACCCCAGUCAGGAAAUGUGUGCCUCUUGUGGUACCACCUCCCACCCCUGUUUCUGCAGAGGGACCCAACUGUAAUGUACCUGUUGCGGCUUGCGCCGAGGGCAGGAAAGGGAAGUUAUGGGACUACAGCAGUCAAACGACCAACCGCCACAGAGACCUCCACUCAUCCAGCUGGCUGGGCUCAGACACUCAGGGCCCGCUAGAGCGGCGGCACGGAUUCAGCUCCAGCCUCAGCUACAUCAACAAACACUGCAAGAACUCCCAGAGUCAGAAGGACCUGGCGGCCCUGAGGGAGCCACCUGUGGAGGGUUUCAACAGGCCGCUGAACGGACUCAUCUUCUCCACCGAGGUGUCCCAGAGAGGCCUGGGCUGCACCACAACGCUAAGGGGCCAGAGGAAACCCAGACCAAACUCAGAGCGGAUCGCAGUCCUGGGUCAGAACCAGACGUGGGUACAACCCCGACCAAACAGCGAAGAAGCGCCACAGACAAAAGAAGCGGGCUGCACCAGGAAAGUGGUCAGAAACCAGAUUCAACGAGUUGUGGACAAUCUGGAGCAGGUUGUCAAAGCUCUGAGGGACGUUCAUCAGGAAAUGAAAGAGGUGGUGCAGCAGAUUGACUACCUAACCUCCACAAUUGAUCUGAAUGAGGAGGAGGAACGGAGGACGGGAGGGGACGCCAAUCCUCCCAGUGACAGCAGCUUCAGCUCAGGUUCCAGUUCCAGUGAGGCGACGGUGGCGAGCACCCACCAGAGGCCCGUAGGGGCUAAAAACCAGCUGAGAACUGUGGACUCAUACGACACCUUCAGGAGGGAUCGCCCUAGCCGGAGUCAGUCUCCACAGAACGUACAGCUGUGCCCGAUUACCUCUGAGUUUUUACCAGAGCGGCGUCAGACUCCUCCCUGUACUCCUGGUCUCGUGUCCUCUCCCAGAAAAUGCGAGCUACUGCCGUACACAAGUAAUCCUCUCUCGUCUAUUCCUUCCCAACUUCAAAACCUCAUCCUCCAUGAUCAGACUCUGUCUGCCCAGAGGAGCCUCCCUGCUCGGCCUCCCACCCCUGGUCUAUCACCUAUAAAAGUAAACCUCCACCGUCCCAUCAGCCCCAGCUCUCAGCCUCAUUCCCCUGGGGCAUCUUCCAUUAGAAUCAGCCCAGUUUCCCCUCCUUAUCCACCCCCUGCCCUCAGCCCUUCUGUCAUCAUAGAGACCAAAGACGGAUCUCAUCGGACCCCACCAGGCGAGCUCCCAUCUGCUGGGCCACUCUCCCCGUCACUGAUCCACUCUCAGUCUGCGAGCUGCCCACCCACUGACUCAGAUAUUGAGACUGUGUUCAUGGCUGAUGGAGAGCAGCGAGCAUCCUCAGCAGGUCCCUCUCAUGUGUGCACCGGCUCUGCAGCCACGGCUAAACCACGCACAGCACAAGGCCGCAGAGGCCGCAAGCCACCACCGUACCCACAUAAUAGGUUCUCCGAGCUCACAAAGAAAGUAAAGGAAUCCCGCAAAGCCCCUCCGUACCCAGAAAAAAGAAGGCUGCUCUCGACCACAGUGUGAGACAAUGCAGCAGGAGGGGGAGGCUGAUUGAAUGGAGCCAUAUUUACAGCACCAGCCACACGUCUGCGAGAGUGGGUAGUGAUUUAAGGCUCGCCAAAUGGAGCUGAGACCAAGUUUCCAGGGUGACGGCGCAUGGACAUAACUUGGGGUGAGUCAGGAUCUGGAAGUGAUCAUUUCCUGUUGUGACCCCCCCACUACCCCAACCCCCCCAGAGGGGCCUCUGUGAUGAAGGCUCUUUCGCUUCGUUUGACCAUUUCUUCAGUUCCCGGAAGAUCGCCUCGAGACAGACGAGAGACAUCAAGCAAGGUACACACAUCCCGAGUUAUGCCCCGGCAGAAUCACGUCGGCACAAUCCUCACAAUCUGAAUUCAGUCCUUGGACACUUGCGCUGUUAAGAGGGCCGGAUCAAUGUCAGCAAGAUAAAACAGCUGUACUCUCAACAUAAGAGA